AUGAACUCAUAUCGUAGACAAUCUAGAGCACUCUUGAUCGCCUUUCCCCUUCAACAAGCAAAACAACUUCGGUAUAUCUCAAACAAAAAUAUCAACACCGACGUAAACAAUCACAGUGAAUCAUCCUCAACCCAGGCGCUAAAAUCUGAUUCAACAACACGAGACUCACCUCAACUACCCUCGAGACGCAAACCAGAAUGGUUAAUUCAAAAACAAGCUCUCAAGGAAUCAUUUCCGACAGGAUGGAAUCCACCCAAAAAAAUCAGUCGACCAGCAAUGUCACUUCUCAAAUCACUUCACAAAGAAGACCCCCAUCAAUUCUCCCUUACGAUGCUUUCAGAUAGAUUCAAAAUCAGUCCAGAGGCAGUACGAAGAAUACUCAAAUCUAAGUGGAUACCCGAUAGAAUUACUACUGAGAAGAUUAUACAAAAAUCUGGAUCGAAAGGAAUCAUGGCCGGGGGUGAUGCGUGGAUUCAUCAUGAACAACUAGAGACUGAGUCCAUUCCAUCCAAUCUCGCUUCGACCCUUAGAAAAGAGAGCAAAUUCGAGAGAUCUAAGGCAAUGGAAUCUGAUUUAUCGAUUCACGAUGAAUCUCAUCAAAUAUGGGUCGAUCCAGACAUUCGGGAUACUACCGUGCGGUCAAUUGAUCCUGAGGAAAUUGAUUGUAAAUGA